UGUUGUACACGGAGGGAUUUGGCCGGCGGCUUCCGGUCUUCUCAUGUCACAUGUGUUGUUGGGAAGUUGAGUAGAUCUGCAAUGUGAGGAGCUGCACAUACUGUAGUUCUAUAUUGAACUUCCAGAUAUUAAUCUGUCACCCAUGACGGGACAGAGAUGGGGAAGAUUGAAGUGAAAAAGGACAAACCAUCUUCUGGGGAGCAGGAAAAAAACAAACUUAAACGUACCAAAAAACAGAAAAAGAAGAAAUUCUGGAAGAACAAUCCAACCAUCGCCACCCAGCAGGCUGAGAUCAAAAAGAUUUCUGCAAUACUUCCGCCAAAGAAGCCAGAAGACUUUUCUUCUAACUGGAAGGCACUACAGGCAUUACUGACAUCUGAGAAGAGCAGCACUAUUACUGAAUCGGCACCAGCAAAGCCCUUUAAAAAGGAGGAAAAAUUGCCAAAGUUAGGAAGGCAGAAGGCUGACCCACUAAUUAAAGAAAAUGCCUCCAGUGUCUCCACGGUUAAAGAGGUUCCAACUGAUGACAGAAAACCAAAGAGCGCUACAGAGAAUGCUGGGAUUAUAAACAAGGGAAGUGAGAAAAGAAGGCUGUUGCAAGCAAAAGGGGACGAAAAACCUUCUAAACAUCACAAGAAGAAAGCGGCUGAAACAAGCAUACCGGAGACACCAAAGCUUGACCUCUGGUUUGAUGACGUGGAUCCGGAUGACAUAGAGGCAGCGCUGGGACCAGAAGCUGGUCAGAUUGCCCGCAAGAUGCAAGGCUUGCCGGAAAAGAAGUCUGAUGCAGUAGACAUGAUCCUGGUGAAAGAUCGAGCAUUUGAGGGGCUUACCAGGACAGUUGCAAUAGACUGUGAGAUGGUUGGUGUGGGCACAGAUGGUGAAGAAAGCAUAGUUGCCCGGGUGUCUAUCGUCAAUCAGUUUGGCAAGUGCAUUUAUGAUAAGUAUGUCAGACCCACUGAACGUGUUACGGACUACAGGACAGAGUUCAGUGGCAUCCGGCCUGGGAAUAUUAAGAAUGGUGAAGAUUUUAAGGUUGUACAGAAAGAAGUGUCUGAAAUCCUUAGGGGGCGUAUCUUGGUUGGUCAUGCUGUGCAUAAUGACUUGAAGAUCCUCUUUUUGGAUCAUCCUAAAAAGGCCACCAGAGACACCCAAAAGUACAAACCCUUCAGAAAAGAGGUCAAGAGUGGACGUCCAUCUUUGAAACUUCUAUGUGAAAAGAUCCUCAAUGUCAGAGUACAGACAGGUGAACACUCCUCGGUGCAAGAUGCGCAGGCUGCCAUGAGGUUAUACACCAUGGAGAAGAAGAACUGGGAAUCUGGAAUUAAAGAAAAAUACAACAAAACUAAAGUGGAACCCAAAAAAAUUGAACAGACUUCCCUUGACUAGCUCUGGCUGGACAGUUUAUAUCCUGUUGACCCAUUUGGAUGAGCUGCUAGACUCUCACCAUCUUUCUUCCCCUAUGUCAUUUUGCUGCACCUUUCACAACUGAUACAUCUGAAGGGUGUGUGUCACUCCUGUGAAUUUUGUGAUGGAAGAAAUGUUUAGUGAACUUUUUUCAAAUGUUUUUUUUUAAAAGAUCAAAGGAAACAAGGAGGCAAAAAACACCAACACCACACUCUUUCCUAGCUAACACAGAUAAUGUACAGAACACAGCCAACUCACGAAUUGGGUUUUGUGAUGUUUUAUGAAAUGCCCAUUUUUGGGAUUAUAUAAAUUACAAACUGUGAAGACUCAGUAUGUGCAGUAACAGCUGCAAUCAGGAACCGGACUGUGAGACCUUCUUUUCUACAUACUGACCACAGCUUAUACAGUUCCAUAUUGUGUCUGUGUUUUUAUUUGCUUUGUAAGAUGUCACUCAAGUGAAUCUUGGAAUGUAUUUUCUUCUCGCUGUAACAAUAUAGCAGAACCUCAGAUUUA